AUGUCUUCGAUGCGCAGCGGCAGCACUAGUGGCUCUCAUUAUCCAUACGAAUCAAGAUCGAAUACUCAACCGAUGAACUACGUAUAUCAUCCAUCAAGUUCAAAUCAGCAAAAUUCGCAUGUUGAACGGCACACAACCAAUCCAGCAUUGAUCACACCAGGAAGUCGACCACAACCGAAUCCUCCAAAUACUUAUAAUACUGCUAUACCUCAAUCUUUAUACGUUGAGCGUCGUUCAACAAAUCCUGUACCGAUCGUCAGACCGAAUCAACCACAAUAUGUUGAAUCAAAACAACCAAGUCAAUCUUAUCAAAAUGUGCGCUCUACGCAAGGUCCACAAUCAACUAUAUAUUCACAAAAUACUCCUGGUACGCCAACUCGACGCGUUAACCCAGCUUUGACUGUCAAACCAUCACGAUAUGCAACUCAAGGUCGAGAAAGCGGAUUUUAUAAUCGAGAAACAUUGGGAGAAAUUGACGAUAGACCGAUUGUUGACCCAAGCGCUUUUCGCUAUAUAAAUUCCAGUGAUCAAAAAAGUCAAAAUAAACCAGCGGUAUCUGCCGAUGGUAGUGGUAUCGACACGCGACCCAUAAUUAAUCUUGAUGCUGUAACCCAAUUAGAAAAACGUCGACAGCAGCAGAUCGAGAAAAAUAAUCGAGUACGAGGUGACGAUGGUUCAGGAUCGGGUAUUGACGGAAGACCAAUUGUAGAUAUAAAUGCGUUUCGUCAUAUCGAAGCAAAGAAAAAUUCUAGCAAAGAUAGCGACCGACAGGGUCAAGGUGCUGGUGGUGGAAUUGAUAACAGACCAAUUACGAAUCCUGAUGCGUUCAAAUAUUUAGAAAGCCGACGUGAACCUAAACCAUCGAAAGCUUCAAACGAACCAGUCAUCGAUACUCGACCGAUCAUAAAUCCUGAUGCGUUCAAAUAUUUAGAAAAACGACGUGAAAAUAAUGGAAGGGAUCAAGAAGAAGGCGGAAUUGACUAUAAACCAAUCGUGAAUCCAGAUGCAUUUCGUUAUUUGGAACAACGCGGUACGCCAGUUCGUCGUGAUAUUGAAUCCGGCAUUGACAUGUCAUCUAUGGUCAAUCCCGAAGCGUUCAAAUAUAUUGAAAGAAAAGGAGAGUUACGACCUGAGAUAACCGAAUCUUCGAUUGAUUAUCGGCCAAUUGUUAAUCCUAAAGCAUUUAAAUGGAUUGAGAAGAAAGAUCCAAAACCACGUGUUGACGACGGUCCUGAUGUCGAUGAACGUUCUUAUAUCAGUCCACAAGCAUUUCAAUACAUCGAUCGUCGGCCAGGAAAGAAAAGCGAUGACUGUAAAUCAGAAAUAGAUACGCGCAGUUUUAUACUUGAACAGAAUCCUAAUGCACUCGCGCAUCUUGAACGAGAACCAAGAAAUCUUAUUGAACAAACUGAAAGUGGCAUCGAUCAACAAUCUUAUGUUAAUCUGAAUGCAUUUAAGUAUCUUGAAGGUAUUCGGGAUGACGCACCAAAAACAUCAAUACGCUCUUCAACUGAUGCAUCGAUCGACACAAAUUCAUAUGUUAAUCCCGAUGCAUUCAGUCAUCUCGAAGCACACGAACGACCAGUUGUCAAUGAUAACAAUGACCGAGGUAUUGAUGAACGAUCGUUUGUUCCAGUAGCAGCUUUUCGCCAUCUCGAAUUCACGGGCGAACACGGUACUUCUGAACGAAACGAUUAUUCAACAUUGGGACAAACAGACUUUUAA